CGCAGCGAGCGCACAUUCUUUCGCCGCCUCUUGUAUUGAGCUGUACACCACCGCGAGAGUCGCGCCGCCGACCAUCUGCACACCUCCACCAUCGACGGCGACGCGGUUUCGUGGGACCAAAUCAUCAAUUUCGAAGCAGCUGUUUCGCUGGCUGUCCCGCGAAUGAAACACUAGCAGCGGCGAUCAGCACACGCAAAACCUAUCCCUGAACCCUUCGGCUGCAAUUCUUGGCUUAAACCUCUCAGACAUCUGCUGGCCAGCUUCGUGCUUUUCCACUGCCCGCCUGCCUGUCUGCCCUGUUCUUCUGCGCAGCCAGAGCACGACUCACUCAUCAUCACCCGACCACUCCGCCCCCUCACGACCGGGCUGGCUUUGUCUGCUUGCAUCACGCCACCACCUCCGCAGCGCACCUUUGUUGCUGGAGCUGACGCCAACCACGCGAGCUUCUCCAGACGCGCCAACGCUCGAACCACAAUCGUUUGGCAAUCUGGUUACCGACAUUCACCUGUCACAAUGGCAUAUCAUCCCCCUGGCGGCGGCCAUGGCGGCUACGACUUGCACGACACUCCUGGCGGCAGCGGCCAACCAUACCAUCAGCCCCCGCAUCGAGACAGCGAAGACGAGGAAGUAGAGCGCUCACUGCUUCACGGAAACCCCAGUGGACCUUUCCAAGGCCCUUUCGACGAACCACACUCACGCUCUGGCACGCCUGGCGGCCACGAUCCCAAGGGCUACAAUCUGGAGGAGUCCUACGUGGGCCAGCCGCCCAAUUAUGGCUACACAGAAUAUCAUGGCAGCGCCACAACGCUCCAGGACCCAGGCUAUGGUGCUCCCGAUCGAGUGCCUAGCCCAUAUUCGAGGAGUGAGACGGGCAGCACCGAAGCUUGGAGACAGCGACAGCAGCCUGGAGCUGCAGCUGGUGGCCUGAAGCGCAAUGCCACGCGUAAGGUCAAGCUCGUGCAGGGUGCUGUGCUCAGUGCAGACUACCCAGUGCCGUCUGCCAUUCAAAAUGCAGUACAGGCAAAAUACCGCAACGACCUGGAAAGUGGCAGCGAGGAAUUUACACACCUGCGCUAUACAGCCGCGACGUGCGAUCCAAACGACUUCACAUUGAAGAAUGGAUACAAUCUUCGGCCAGCGAUGUAUAACAGACACACUGAGCUGCUGAUUGCCAUCACAUACUACAACGAAGACAAGACUCUGACGUCGCGUACCCUCCACGGUGUCAUGCAGAACAUCCGCGACAUUGUCAACAUCAAAAAGUCCGAAUUCUGGAACAAGGGUGGUCCUGCCUGGCAGAAGAUUGUGGUGUGCUUAGUCUUCGAUGGUAUCGAUCCAUGCGACAAGGGCACCCUGGACGUGCUCGCAACAAUCGGUAUUUAUCAAGAUGGUAUCAUGAAGAAGGACAUUGACGGCAAAGAGACCGUGGCACACAUCUUCGAGUACACCACGCAAUUGUCCGUGACUGCUAACCAGCAGCUCAUUCGGCCACUUGAUGAUGGUCCGUCAACUUUGCCUCCUGUGCAGAUGAUGUUCUGUCUGAAGCAGAAGAACAGCAAGAAGAUCAACUCGCACAGAUGGCUCUUCACCGCUUUUGGCCGAAUCUUGAACCCAGAAGUCUGUAUUUUGCUCGACGCUGGUACCAAGCCCGGCCACAAGGCGCUUCUCGCACUCUGGGAGGCAUUCUACAACGACAAAGACCUUGGAGGAGCUUGCGGUGAAAUUCACGCUCUGCUCGGUAAGGGAUGGAGAAACUUGCUCAACCCGCUCGUGGCCAUCCAAAACUUUGAGUACAAGAUCUCGAACAUCCUGGACAAGCCUCUGGAGUCGUCCUUCGGAUACGUGUCUGUGUUGCCAGGUGCCUUCUCUGCAUACCGAUUCCGCGCCAUCAUGGGCAGACCACUCGAGCAGUACUUUCACGGAGAUCACACCCUCUCCAAGCAGCUUGGACCAAAGGGUAUCGAAGGCAUGAACAUUUUCAAGAAGAACAUGUUUUUGGCUGAGGAUCGUAUCCUCUGUUUCGAAUUGGUCGCCAAGGCAGGAAGCAAAUGGCAUUUGACCUACGUCAAGGCAUCCAAGGGUGAGACGGAUGUGCCAGAAGGUGCACCAGAGUUCAUUGGACAGCGUCGACGAUGGCUCAACGGUUCCUUUGCCGCCACGCUCUAUUCCCUCAUGCACUUCGGCCGGAUGUAUCGCUCUGGACACAACAUCUUGCGCAUGUUCUUCUUCCACAUCCAGCUGCUCUACAACAUUGCUACAGUCACUCUCACCUGGUUCUCCUUGGCUUCAUACUAUUUGACCACUGCUGUUAUCAUCGACCUAGUCGGAACUCCUGGUUCUUCAAACGACCAACGAGCCUUCCCAUUCGGCAACACUGUCACGCCCAUCCUGAACACUUGCGUCAAAUACAUCUACCUGGCAUUCCUCCUGUUGCAAUUCAUCCUUGCGCUUGGUAACAGGCCGAAGGGUAGCAGGUGGACAUAUAUUGUCUCCUUCUCUGUGUACGCGAUCAUCCAGUUCUACAUCAUCGUGGAUUCUUUCUAUCUGGUUUACCAUGCUUUCGGAUCUGGCACUGGAUUUGUCACGGACCAAGGCGCUGAUGAUUUCAUCAAAUCAUUCGUCUCCUCGACAGGUGCCGGUAUCAUCAUUAUCGCCCUGGCAGCAACCUUUGGUCUGUACUUCGUGGCAUCGUUCUUGUACCUGGACCCAUGGCACAUGUUUACCUCGUUCAUUCAAUACCUCCUCAUGAUGACGAGCUAUAUCAACAUUCUCAUGGUCUACGCGUUCUCCAACUGGCACGAUGUCUCUUGGGGUACCAAGGGAUCCGACAAGGCGGAUGCCCUGCCUUCGGCUACGACACAAAAAGGCGCGGACGGCAAGGCCACGGUCAUCGAGGAACCCGACUUGGCCCAGGCAGAUAUCGACAGUCAAUUCGAGCAAACGGUCAAACGCGCGCUGACGCCGUACAUCGCCCCCAAGGAAGAUACCAAGAAGACACUCGAGGAUUCGUACAAGUCUUUCCGUACUCGUCUGGUGACUUUCUGGAUCUUCUCGAACGCAUUACUCGCCGUCGCUAUCACCUCGGACAACUUUGACAAGUUCGGCUUCACUUCUGGUGCAAAUGACCGAACAGCCAACUUCUUCCGAGCGUUGCUGUGGGCCACUGCAGCACUGUCGUUUAUCCGCUUCUUGGGUUGUGUGUACUUCCUGUUUAAGAGCGGGUUGCUCUCGUGCUGCGCAAGACGAUAGACACGGCGGCUGCAGCCACUCAAACCACCUCAAAAACAAUUCGGCAGUAAGAUGUGCAAUUAUCACGAGAUUGUCUGUUAGCAUUACGGAAAGACUGGGACCGUUGGAAAGGCGUUUGAGCGGAUUUCUGAUAUGACCUUGCUACGGCCGCAAACAGGCUGCUAGUGACAGUCCGAACACAGGCUAUUGCAUUGUAAUGUAGCAAAAUACCCACGUUCUGAAUGACUUCCCAA